UUGCAGUUAAUCAAAAUAACUGCACUCGGAUUCUAUGGGCCUGCUGCAUAUCUAUCAGACACAUGGAAUCGUCUUGAUUUUUUCAUAGUGUGUGCUGGUUGUGCAGAAUAUUUGCUACAAGAGUACUUGGGUAAUAUUAACUUGACGGCUAUACGAACGUUUCGGGUGUUACGUCCUCUGAGGGCCGUCAAUAGGAUACCGUCAAUGCGUAUUCUUGUGAACCUUUUACUCGAUACAUUACCGAUGUUGGGCAAUGUUUUACUGUUGUGCUUUUUUGUUUUCUUUAUAUUUGGCAUUGUUGGUGUGCAGUUAUGGGCUGGUUUGUUGAGGUUUGUACUUAAGUAUUCUUUUAUAAGUUGA